AUUUUUGAUACGCGCUAGUCUUGAUUGCCUUUGAUCAGGUGUAGGUUGAUCUUCGCAAAGGAUCGGAUUAUUUGCGUGUUUUCCACCCUUUGGCAUCGGUAAAGAGAACUAAAAAUGUACGAAAUAUCUAUACAGAAUAGCUGCACGAAGGAUCUGCAUUCUGUAUUGUCAAAUCAUACGGUUCACAUGAAAAUUAUUCAUAAAGAAGGAUAUGGUUCUCGUGUUAUAUGAUUGUGGUGCACCUGACCCUCGUGACUGUUUUUUAAUAAACAAUCUAUAAGUGAUAAGUAUAAGUUUGUUUUAUACAUUAUUAAAUUUCUUUAUGAAGAAAUUUAAGAUACUAAUUAUAGGGCUUGUUAAGAUUACAGGAAGUUAUACGUAUAUAUAUAUAGUUACAUUUAUUAAUUGUAAUUUGUAAUUUAAUUAAACGUUAAUUGACAAGACUAUUAAAGCAAUAGUUAGUCAUUAAUAAUGGUUCUCAACAAACUAAGAAUAGAGUAACUAAACUGUAUAAAUACAUUACUUGGUGUCUGUGAAUCGUAAUACCACAGCCUUCUUUAAGACUGCAAUUUUGAAAGGGGGAAUCACCCUGCAUCAUCAUUGUUAUAAUGGAGUCAAGAUAUAAGUGUUUACUCGAGGAUUUUUUAUCUGUUGGCCAAUUGUACAUUAACCAGAACAUGUUAUAUACUCUUAAAGAACGUUAUAGACAGUGUAUAGAUUCAGAUCGUAAAUUCAGUCAAAUUAAAGAUCUGAGAACAUUAUUGAAAAUAUUGGAGAAACGUGACACUCUCAGUUGUGAUAAUAUAGAGCCACUUUUUUACAUUUCAAAUCAUUUUGUAAAUGACCUUCAGAUGAUAAUCAAAAUAAGACAAUAUAAGGAUAAUUUUGAGAAGACAGAAUACUUUCCAUCUUAUAAUAUGAAUCAGAACUUAAAUGAAAACAAAAAUUAUGAAUCGCAAUUGCCAGUAAAAAAGAGUAAUCCAUCAGAAGGAAAAUAUUGUGAGAAAGACGUUGCAUUGCAGGACAUAUUAUUAUCACGCGUCAGUGAAAGAAUUGGUCGUUCUUGGAGAGACACCGUCAGAUAUUUGGGAGUGCCAGAAUAUCAGAUUGAUGCUAUUCAUAGUAAAUAUGCUUUUGACUUGAGAGAACAAAGUUACCAAGCUUUAAAGUUGUACAUGGCCCAAUAUAGUGAUAAUAAUUGGAAACUAGAUUUAAUAAAAGCUUUAGAUAAAGCAAGACGUAGGGAUCUAAAGGAGCUUGUUGAAAGAUUAAUAAUAGAAUUGGAUAAAUGAACAAUAACAGUUUCAAGGAUAACUGUAAAUAAAAAAAAGUACUA